GGGUGGGAUGGGGUGGGUUCGCAGACUCAUUCUAGCCGAGCUGCAGUGGACAUUUGUAAAGAAACAAAGGAUUUUCAGAAGGAUGUCCUCCCAAGUCCGCCUGAGUCUGCUGCCGAGAGCCAGGUGCAUGUUUGACGAGCCCGUCCAGGUGAAGGUGGCCGGGCUGAGGUCGAGGCAGGUGGUCACCCUGAGAGCCAGAUCCACUGACGAGAAGGGAGUCGUGUUCAGCUCCUCGGCCACCGUCAGGGCCGAUGGGAGCGGGCGGAUCGACCUGGAGAGGGACCCCUCCCUCGGUGGGACCUACACCGGCGUCGAACCCAUGGGUCUGCUUUGGUCCAUGAGGUCGGACACUUUGCACAAGAGGUUUCAGCUUUACAGUUCACUAAACCCCUACGUGGUGAAGUUCUCUGUGCACGAGGAGGGGGGCGGGAUGUUGGCAGAGGCGACCAAUGAGAGGCUCCUGAUCGGAGACGGGGUCAUCCGGCGCCCGAUCAGAGAAGGGAAUAUUCGUGGGGUCCUCUUCACUCCGCCAGGACUGGGUCCAUUCCCUGCAGUGCUAGAUUUGUACAUUUUAGGGGGAGGUUUCUCUGAGAAAAAAGGCGCUCUGCUCGCCACUCGAGGAUUUGUGGUCCUGACCGUAGUGGCGUACGGUUACGAUGACUUGCCCAAGAAGAUCGACGAGGUCCAUCUGGAUUAUUUUGAAGAAGCAAUACAGUUUUUGAGAAAACAAGAUAAGGUUGGCAGUAAAGGAGUUGGUGUGAUAUCCAUUUCAAAAACCGGAGAUCUGGCACUAUCGAUGGCCUCUUACCUGCAAGGUGUCAGGGCCGUGGUGUGGAUCAACGGCUGCUCCGCCAACACACUUCUUCCCCUCUACUACAAGAAGAGCCAGAUCCUCCCGGCGUUAAUGCUUGACCUCAGCCAGCUGAUUCCCACUGAGUCGGGGGCCUUCAAUAUAAAAAAGGUUCUGAACGACCCUGGUGCAGAGGAGAACGAGGCCACCCUGAUUCCUGUGGAACGGGCAGAGGGACGUCUCCUCUUUGCGGCCGCCGAGGACGACCUCAACUGGGACAGCAAAGCUCAUGUGGACAUGAUGGUGGAGCGACUGCAGCGCCACGGGAAGGACAACUUUGAGAGUGUGUGUUACCCCGGAGCGGGGCACUGUCUAGAGCCGCCUUACGGACCCUACUUCCCCUCCGCUUUUCAUGUGGUUACCGGCAGGGUGGUCCUGUUCGGGGGCGAGGCCAGGUCCCACGCUGCUGCUGAGGUCCACCUGUGGAAGAAUAUCCAGGAGUUCUUCAGGACUCACCUGAGCUGUGACGCCACGCAGACUAAAGCUAAACUCUAGAUGCACAUAUCCUGAUGUGAGAGACAUGGGUAACAGCUGAGGGGGGGUUACAACUGUCGUAUCAAAGAAAGUGAAAAUGAUAAAACUACAGAAACACAAAAAUACAGCAUUAUUACAGAGUGUUGGUAUGUGAAUGUUUUUUAAAAUAUUCAAAGCAGUCUCUAAUUGCCUCUUUGUCUUUCUUCAACACUCAAAUGAUUACAUUACACAGUGUGUUAACUUGGCAAAGUCAUAUUUAUGGGGUUUUAAUUCAGGAGAGUAACUGUGGCCACAAUAUGCCAAUGUAAGCUUUAAAAUAAGGCUCCAGGUGAUUGAGUUUCAUUUGUUAGUUAAUUUGGAGA